AUGUACCUAAAGAUACACGACGGUCCGAGCGAGUCAAGUAGCCUAAUAUCAGAAUACUGCCUGAAUGUUACCUUUAGCACUAAAAAGUUCUCGUCGAGUGGCCGAAGUGUGUGGAUCGAGGCGAAAAAGGGACCUCUUGACUUUUACGGCGCAUUUCUUAUCUCUUACCAGGCCAUACCAUUUGAAGGUAACAGGAUUCGUAAUUAUAGAAAUGAAAAUGAUUUCAAAUUCGUUGUAACGUUGAUGCAAUCGUCGUGAUAAGUAAAUAGGCCUAAUUUUGUCGAGCCUAGUUCCCGGAACCUGGUUUUUCUUAAACUGAAAGGACUUCAGUUAAAGAACUUUCCAAUAUUGUAGCUCGGUAGGUAGGUCUUUUCAACUCAGUUUGUACUUUAAUAUAGAGGGUAAACUGCAUUCGAGAUUCAUGCAAUUCGCACGGUUCUGAGUACGGAUAAUGUUCUGAAUAAACCUUACAAUUUAGGAUUCUUAGAGGUUUGGGGGCUCCAGGGAACGGGGAGAGAGGAGAGCAUUUUAAAGAGGGGGGCUUUUUAGAAAGGGGGGCUUUUUAGAGGGGGGCUUUUUAGAGAGGGGGGGCUUUAGAGAAGGGGCUCACUGGAGGAGGGGCUUUCUAAACAGGCGAUUCAAUAGAGAGGGGGCUUCCAAGAGAGGGGGCUCAUUACAGGGGGCUUUUUAAGAGGGAAGCUUGCUGAAUAACUCACAACUUUCUAAACAUGUAGAGAAACUUAUAAAGGAUUUCAGAUAAUUUCUACAAUGAGACUAGUAUAACAAUACUAGAGUUUUUCCUAGACGGGAGAAAUAAGGGUGGCAUGGUAGAGACUUGAGCUUUGGACGAGGUGGGGCGGGGGGCUCAUUGGGAACUCAGUUCAACCUUUGGCCGGGGAUUGCUGAUUAGAAACUUGAAUCUUUUACCGGGAGUUAUCAAAGUCUUUACGAUAAUCUUCCUCUAUAGAGUGUCCAUUCAACAGCACAUUGAACGCUCCUCUGUCGCCUGUGGCACAUAACAUUUCUAGCCCCUACUGGCCUCGUGGUUAUCGCUUACACACGACAUGUGGAUGGUACAUCACGGCGCCUGAGAACUACACCGUGGUGCUGCAUCUCAAAUAUAAGCUAUCUAUGGACAGCGUAAAGGUUUAUGACGUGGAGGGCUCCGUGAUCAGCCUCCUCGCUCAUUUUACUGGACGUGUGCCAGGAUAUUUGUACCAAGCCACUGUGUAUUCCAAUUUCCGCCGUUUGUACAUCUUGUUCAAAAGUAAGAUUGACACAGAUGAAGGAUUUUAUGCAUCGUACUCUGCCGUCACUCCAAGUAUGUAUACGGGGCAACUUAAGAUUUAAGGGACACUCGAUGAGUGUGGGUUUGUAUAAAGGAGGGGUUGGGGCACGUUUUCUUGUGGGUGCUCCUGCUAGACCCUACACCCUUUAUAUAAUCCCGAAAUGUAAGACCCCUACAUAACUGAAUCACCGAUACAACGAGCUAAUUCCAGUAAUAUUGUUGAAAACUGUGAAUAAUAUGUGUAUCUCCGGUUGAAAACCCUACAACAAUUUAAACAUAAAGAGAACUUACUAAGGCUUUUAGAUACUUUUUACCGAGAUUUAACCAAAUUUAGAACAGUAAUAUAAUGUUUACCUUGGUGGAAGGGAGAUGGAGGCUUAUUAGAGAAAGAGGCGUCUUUGCAACAUGGGGUAUUGAAAACCUCAAACUCGGACCUGGGAGGGGCUUGAUCAGAAAUUGGAGCUCUUGACAGGGAAUUGUUAAAGCGUUCACGAUAAUCAUUCUUUCCAGUAUGUACAUUCAACUCCACAUUGAAUGCUCCUCUGUCGCCUGUGGAACAUAACUUCUCCAGUCCCUCCUUGCCUUUUGGCUAUCGCUUAAACACAACUUGUGGAUGGUACAUCACGGCGCCUGAAAACCACACCGUGGCGCUGCGUCUCACGUACAAACUCUACUUGGACAGUGUAGAGAUUUAUGAUGUAGAGGGCUCUGUGAUCAGCCUCAUCGCCCGUUUCACUGCACGUCUACCCUUACGUUCUGAAUCAACUACUAUAUAUUCCAAGUUUCGCCGUUUGUACAUCGUGUUCGAAAGUAAAGUUAAAACGAUUGACGUAGAGGAAGAAUUUUAUGCAUCGUAUUCUGCCAUCUCUCUAGGUAUGUAUGCGGGGCAAUUUUAUUUUUGAGGAACUUUGAACGGGGGAUGGGUGGAUAAAAAGGGAGGGCGUGGUCGUAGGGGAUGCUCCUGGCAAACCUUAUGGAACGUUAAGAGGGAAGGUUUUUAAAGAAACUUUGGUGCUGCGUCAGUGGGGGAUAAAAUAAGAUAAUUUGGUCGUAUCAACUGAGGUGAUAGUGUAAAUUGCCUACUGUAGAAAGUUUCUGAAGCUGACAAUUUGAGCGACGGAUGGCUUACGCUUGAAACUUCAGCUUUAGAAACUCUUUACGGUGGUUAAUCUACUUUAUUAACUUAGUUGAUUAAACCAAAUUAUCCUGUGGAUCGUAACCUCGAUACAGUUGCAUUAAAGCGUUAUCCCAGUGUAUGGAAGGUGUUUAGGACCAAGAGAAUAUCAAUUUUAGAGACUAGUCCCUCAUAAAGACCUUACUGCGAUGGUUACUUUUACAUGCGUAAAAUUACUUCAAAAUGUCUGACUGCGCACGCGUCUGGUCGUCUUCUCUUUAAGGGGAAUGAUGUUCCGGAAACCACAUAAUUUUUAUCGCCACCAUUGAAAAGUUGAUAUAAAAUCAUGCCAAUGACCGAGUUUUGAAACUACAGAAUGUCGCCUAACCUUUUCCAAACAGUCUACAAAGACACUAGAAAUUGGGCUAUGGGCGCCGCCAUUUUUUAUUUUGCUCAGCAAUGUGGCCGCUUACCUGUGACAUAAUAAUUUUUUUCUAUACACUCUGACAAGGUGGCGAUGAGACAUUAUCAGUUUCAGUCUAUUUCAUAUUUCUCGUUGAAAGUAAGCUCAUGUGAGGUAGUCUUCUGGCUUUUUCCUCACUUGAUCUCAGGAAACGUAUCUCUUGAAAGGUCUAUGUAGCCAUUCUGGUAUCUUGUCGAUUCAAUCUAACGUUAUUUAUCUUACGUAUUUUAAGAGGUAGAUAGCCCUUCUUGUUUUUUUUUUUAUCCAUACCCUUUCAUAAACCUUCAGCGCAACAGGUAUCGCUUUCGUGAGAGGCAGUUCAACCCAGGUAAACGAAUUUUUUAUGAUAUUCUUUCCAUCAUUAUAUCUGUAGCUCACGCCUGUUCAUCGAUGAACUCCUUGGAUGAAAAUAGGAAUAUUGUGUUGAAGAGUCCUUCGGGUGUCAUAACAACCCCUGGGUAUCCAUCCAGCUACCCGCAGGAAUUGAUGAAACAGUGUUUCUGGAAAAUACUAGCGCCUGUUGGAAAUAUUGUACUAGUGGAUUUCCUAUCCUUCCGGCUUCCGUCUUCUAGAACAUGUUUGACUAUUUUCUUUGCAAUAAAUAAAAGAAAUCCAACGCAAACGCUUCUCUGUGGACUGAAAGCAUCGUUUCUACUUUACUCAAUGACAAACGAGAUUGGUAUUGAAGGUCCGCAGUCGUACGGUUUUAACCCCGGACGUGGUGGAUUCAAUGCGAACUACACGACCAUACCAGCAGGUGAGAACGAAGGUUGGAAUGUCGCGCAAUAUGUAAUGUGUGAAGGAAGAAACUUAAUGUGACUCAAAACGCUUCCCAAGCGCUGACUUUGUAGGAAAACCAGGGCGGCGGCGACAUCUAGACCGUGUUGAAGCAAAGGAUUUCAUCAAAUGAGCACAACAAAAGCUCUGCACGUGCGUUAAAAACCUAGUACUUUAAAGAGGUUGGCUUCAGCCAAACAUUAGCGUGACAAAACCAAUUUUACCGCAUUAUAAGAACGAGAACCCCAACAACAAAUGUUUUAUGUCUUAAGCAACUUAGUACCUGACGACCUCAUGAUGUGUUAAGCUUGAGGAGAAUGUGUGAUGCUGUUCACGAAUUGACAUCGAGCCAGUCGCAAAAACCACAAAUUUCAAGUUCAUUUUGAAUCAAUCUUUUCAAAGGCGUCUCAUCUGGUUUUUAAGGCUACCGCUUUGUGAAGGUUCCUCCUUUGUAACCUAUACUCACUUGCGACUAUUUAACUGCGGUGAUAAUAAAAGGAUGUUUUAAUCAAUUGUAAAAACGGUUGCGAUUAUUCAUCAUUUUGGUUACUUUAGUAAUGAAGCUUUAUCCGUCGUUUUUAAUUGUUUUCUUUUUCCUUUGCGAAAAGAAUCGCAGUAGGCAGUUGAAACGUCGCAGUUUACAUCGGAACGGACUACAUUGAGCUACGAGCGAUUAAACUUCGUUAUGGAAAGAACUUUUAACUCCGUCGUUACCUUAGCAUUGGGAAGCGAAAAUCGUCUUUUUAGCCUGUUUUUAUUCCUGUGCGUGUAUAUGCGCAUGUUGCAAUUACAUUUGAGUUCAUCGAGAUGUAGGUGUUAAUUUUGUUUCUUAGUUCUGGUUUCACGGAACCAUUUCCAAUUCUAUAUUUCGUUUGACCUUUACAGCUUCAUCAGGGGUUUGCAUCCCAAGCAACAACAGCACUUUACACAUGGCGGCAGAGGGAAUGACGUUUUCAACUCCUGGCUUCCCUCUCUAUCCUGGAAAAGGCCGAUGUAACUGGAAUAUAUCCGUAUCCGAAGGGAAUUUAAUAAAACUGACGUUUCUGUCGUUAUCAACGCGUUGUAAUAAGAGUUAUGUGGAGAUUUUUGAUACGACAAAUUCCACAAGGAUCCCCCUCGGAAAAUUCUGCGAUGUAACUUCUGGUGACUUUGAAGUGUACUCGCGAGGAAACAGUCUACUUGUUACGCAUGUAAAUCUCCUGAAUACCUCGGCUUCCACAGGGUUUUUGGCGACAUACGAAACCGUUAAGGCAAUCCCUGCUAAAUACGCUUGUGGUAAAUUAGACAUUUAUGGCAUUCCAACUAAAUUAGGAGACAGUUUUGGUGAAUUUGCUAGUCACCAGUUCCCUCGUUCUUACUCCAAUGAUGUCAAAUGCUCCUGGAUUAUUCAAGUUCCAGUUGGAUUUCUCGUGAAUUUGACUUUUCAUACGUUUGAGCUUCAAGAAUCCCCAGGCUGUUCUGCAGACCACGUAGAGAUCAAACAAGGGAAAUCAGUUUGGUCAGUUACUGAGUUACUUGGAAGAUUUUGCGGUGCAUCAGUACCCAGAGUUAUUCAGUCCAACCGUUCUAUAGUCAGAGUGGACUUUGUGGCGGACAGCUCAGGAAGAUACCCAGGAUUCCAUGCAAGCUUUAAAGCAGUUUCUGAUCGUAAGUAGGGUACCUUUUUGAUCAGGCGUCCAAAUUAAUUCAGCUUUGCUUUAAUAUUACUUUACUUUGCGAUUGGUCUGAAAAUUUCAUGCAAACCAAAACAAAUCGUAACUUGGUCACUCGCGAAUCAAACGUAUGCAGAUUGAUGUAAAGGCUUAUGAACAAACACAAAGGUCAAACGUGGGGCAUGCGCAAGGAGAUCUAUUUUGCCCGCCCGCGCUCCCAUUUCCCGCGAAAAAUUUCAAAGGAAAACAUUUGAAGGAACCGCUGUCUCGCGAAAAGCGAAAUAACAUUUGAAACUCAUAGAAAUCUGUAAAUGGAAGCAAAAGUAAAGAAAAGGAAAACUCAAGACUUUUCGAACACAAAGCUGAUUCAAGUUAGAUACACUGUUGAUUCACUACUCUGUUUUGAGCUUUACCAAAAACGUUGUAUGCUUAAAACACCGUGACUUACUGGCUUGAGUGGUGUGUGGUGUUACUCGUGUUAGACCUGGUCAUUGCGUUCGCACAUGCGCAGACGUUCGACCGCUGUGUUCUAGGAUCAAGAGAAAAUAAACCAAAAUGGUUAAAGCUCUCUUUUAUCAUUUCAGCCGCCAUGGGCCCAUGUAAAACUCAAGGAAUAAAUAACGUCAUCCCUCUUAACGGGAAAACUGGAAGAUUAUUUUCCCCGCUGUAUCCGGAGACAUUUCCUAACAAUAUGACGUGCACGUGGAUCAUAGCAGUUACCGAGGGCCAUUUUGUCAGGUUGAGAAUAACCUCUUUUUUCCUGGCACAUGUUUGUAAGCAGACGACUUUGGAAAUUCGAGAUGGCCAGAAAUCCUCCAGUGACUUACUUGGGAAUUUUUGCGGGAGCUCCUUUGAAAGAUCGGUAUUCUCCAGCGGUCGUCAUCUCUGGAUUCGGUUCCAUUCUGACAAAGAUGAAUUGUUGUACGGGACGGGAUUCAAUGCUUUCUUCGAGAUGGUUGGCCAAUGUAAGUUUUUUUUUUUAUAUUAUUGUUGUAAUUGAAUGAGAGGUAACCAUGGUAAGAGAAAAUGAAUAAGCCACUGUCCAUCCUCAAGAUCGAAAGAAAACGUAUCCGAAUCGCGAUUUCAACUCUUGUAAGGGUACACGGAAUAAUCCAAGUUUCUAAAGGUAACGUGCGCUUCAGAAACUGGGAAAAAUUUUGCUAUCUCCGCCACAGAAAAGUUUAUGUAAAAUCAUGACCCCCAACAGCUUUUUGAGAUUCCUUAGAGCGAACUUACGCUGAGAAAAUUGUCUUCAAAUUUAUUUAGUUUUGUUACUGUGGUUGCCGCCAUUCUCAAUCUUGGUUAACAAUCUGGCCACUGUCUUACGACGUUACAAUUCUAAGAACUAUAAAAAACGCAGGCUGGACACAAUUGAUUUUUUUUCUUUUUAAGCUUUUUGUCAACUUCGCAUUGUAGAUUUGAAGGUGUUGACUUAUUUUUCGACUGAAGGCAUUUUUACUGAAAACAUCUUUCACUUUAAAAAGUCGAAUUUACAUAAUUCUAUGUCUUCAUCUCGUUUUCUUGUAGUACCAGCUCCGUUUUCCUGCACAGCGAAGGACUUAAACAUCAAAUUGAAGUCUGAGACAGGAACUCUGGCCAGUUACAACUACCCUCUGCCGUCUGACGACUCUGUAGAAUGCAUCUGGUCUAUCAGUGUAGACACUAAUUCCAAAAUUAUAUUGUCUUUCGAGUUUUUCAAUGUGUCCCGGACCAGUGACUGUUCUGAGGACUAUGUAGAAGUGCGAGAUGGAAUGUUCAGCACCAGCGACCUUGUUGGAAAGUACUGUGGAGCAGAGAAACCCUCGAAGAUAACCUCGGAUUCUUGGAACUUGCGUGUAGCUUUUAAAUCGAGUGGCAAGUUGAAAUAUCCUGGGUUCAAAGCCACCUACAAAAUAAAAAAGGGUAGGUGAAUAUCCUGAGAUCAAUUUGCAAUAGGAAAGGCAGGAAAGAUAUUAAAUGUGUCUGCACGGAUAGCUUUGCACGUGCAUCACGAUUUUUAGCGCGUUGUGUGUCAUCAGCAUCAGUUAGUGCUACGUAAUGUGCCGCUGGGAAGAAGCUUUCUUUUGGCGUGGGAGCGUGUGGUUUAUUGUCACGUGCCUGUGCGGGCAUUUGCUUGUUUUGUGCGUGUUGCGUGAAAUAAUGAUUGCAUGAGCCAAUGCGUUUUGCCAUCUUACGGCGAACAAGUCUGUAAUUUACGUUCAUCGACAAAGCAGACUUAUGGUGCAACCUUUCAAAGCUCAUAGGAUGCUCUGGUGACGUAAAUUGCUUUCACGCUCCUUUGCUGUUCUAGCUAACCAUUUUUCUGCUUUUUCCUAUUUCCUGUCAGAUCCAACCCUUAAAAUUCUUAAGAUCGUCGGGAUUUGUGUUGGAGCACUGUCUUUGCUGUGUGCUAUAGUUGCCGGUUCUUGCCGUUGUUGCAAUAGGAGGCAUAACCAAUCGCAACCCGAAAACGUUUUAGCUAUGCAAGGCACAGUCAACGCUGGAACUGAUGGGGAAGGUAUCAGGAACCAAACAGGCAGUUCAUGAAAACCUGCAUAGUGAUCUUUAUAACUCAAAGAGCUAUCAAGCCACCUUAAAAUAAACAACCCUAGCUUGUCUUACUGAUCUGCUCUCUCGAUUAUGAGAGUUAAAACUGUUACCUGCUCUUUGCCAAAUUUCAGAGCUACGAGGGAAAAUGUUCAUGACCUUAUCGAUGAUCAUAGUAACUACCGGCUUGCACUGAAAUUGCGCAGGUUUGACAUAUUCAGAAUCAAUCGGGGAGAACUGGGUCGAGUUAUCAGGGAGCCUCGACUUCCCAAACUAGAUCCAGUUCCCUUGCUCUCGUUCGAACCGAAACCCGAACAGAUGAAGUAAAUUCUUCAUAGCUAUAUUUCAGAAUUAACACUUUAGAGAACGUUCAAACUUGAGUUUAAUCUCAAUUGAGGUCAGUCAUUGAGGUCAAUCAUUGAAUCAACGAAUUUAACUUGAUGAAUUUGUUUUCGAUAUUAAUAUGCCAACUGCCUUAUGUUAUUAUAUGAUUAUUUAUUUCAUUAACAACAAGGAUUUCCGGGGCGAUUCUUUUAACAUAUUAAAGGUGAAACACUAGAGCAUUUUUAAUUAAGUCAAAAGUAUUACGGGAUAGCUUUGGUUUUACUCUAUAUUGCUCUGUGACUGGCGGCGAAAACUGGCAGAACGUUAUAAACCAACCAGAUACAAAAGUAAAAAGACUCUUGGCUUGGUUACACGCGUUUUCCCGCGCUUCACGCAGUUUGCGUGUUUAUUCUUCGGUUCCUCAUUGGCUCCUUGUGAUGUUUUUCUUUGUUCUGAUUGGCUAUUGAGAUAAGGUUGAUUUUAGUUUUCGACCAGCCUGAACCAGAGUGUCUCGAUGGGGUGAAACGAUAACCAUAAAAAGGCUUAAAAAUUUAGCUGUUAGGCGUAAAAAUUGACAAUUUGACAGGUAGUCGUGAAAAAGUUGACCGUAAAUAAAACUUCCGAUGACAACAAUGGAAUGAUAUUAACCAUUAGCCGUAAAAUGGCCAAAAUUUUAACCGUUGGCCGACACCC